GUGAACGUUUGAAUUGUGACGCUGAAUGAUGAAACGAGCGUCCCCUUCGUCUCGCGCGCCGACAUUGCGUCUUAGGCGUACGCCGUUUAUUUAUCUAUUUAUUCAUUUCAUCAUUUGCUCGUCGUCAUGGCGACCGCCGCCGCGUUUUUGCUCUUCCUGCUUUUUCCGGCGUCGGCGUCGUCGCGCGGCGACGUGCUCGUGCUCGGCGACGCAGACUUUGACUACCUGGCGAGCGAGCGCGACACCAUGCUCGUCAUGUUUUACGCGCCCUGGUGUGGCCACUGUAAGAAGUUGGCUCCAGAGUUUGAGAAAGCAGCUGGCAAACUGAAGGGAUCGGUGCAGUUAGCGAAGGUGGACUGUACGUCGCAGGUGGACACGUGCGGUCGCUUUGACGUGUCGGGGUAUCCGACGCUGAAGAUCUUCAGGAACGGCAGAGAUUCCGGAUCGUACGACGGUCCUCGCUCCGCCGAGGGCCUCUCUCAGUACAUGGCGAAGCAGACGGGUCCGGACUCCACGAGGUUGCUGAGUGACGAAGACCUGCAGACGUUCGUCCGCCACUACGACCCGUCCGUCGUCGGUGUGUUUUCAGGUGAGGAAAGUUCCCGUCUGGUUGACUUUGUGAAAGCCGCGGGACUUUUGCGAGACCAGUUCCGGUUCGCUCACACGACUCAGAUGGAGCUCGCCGCACCCUUCGGACUCCAGUCGGAAGGCGUGCUGUUGUUCCGGCCUCCCAGAUUGGCCAAUCGCUUCGAGGACAGCGUUGUCGUUUUCAGAGAUUUUGCGACCGUCGCGUCUCUGAGACGCUUCAUCCGCGACAACAUAUUUGGACUUUGUCCUCACAUGACCUUGGAGAACAAAGAUCGGCUGAGAACUCGUGACCUCCUGACGGCAUUUUAUAACCUGGACUACAAACACAACGCCCGAGGCUCCAAUUAUUGGAGGAACAGGGUGAUGAAGGUGGCAUCCAAGUAUGCGGGGCGGGGCCUGAGCUUCUCAGUAGCCAAUCAAAAGGACUUCUGGGCCGAGCUGGAGGACGACUUCGGCGUGGGGAUGUCGGACGACGGAGACCUCCCCGUCGUGACCGUCCGCACCAAAGCGGGUCACAAGUACGCCAUGAGGGAGGAGUUCACGACGGACGGGACCUCUCUGGAGAGGUUUCUGGACCGCUACUUUGCCGGGAAACUCAAGCGCUACAUCAAGUCCGAGCCGGUACCGGACAGAAACGAGAGCGCCGUUCAGGUGGUGGUGGCUGAGACGUUCGACGCCGUUGUUAACCAGCCCGCCAAAGAUGUCCUGAUCCAGUUCUACUCGCCAUCCUGUCCUCACUGCAAGAAGUUGGAACCAGUGUACACGGAACUGGCCGAGACGCUGUCUGGAGACACGACCGUCGUCGUCGCCAAGAUGAACGCCGUGGAUAACGACGUCCCGCCCGACUACGACGUCCGAGGCUACCCGACCAUCUACUUGGCUCCGGCCGGCCGGAAGGAUGAGCCCGUUCGCUACGAGGGCGGGCGAGAACUCCGAGACUUCCUUCGUUUCCUGCGGCGGCAGGACGGCCCGAGCAGCGUCAAGCGGGAACUCUGACGGUCAUCCGUCACCGCACCCUGAGGGAGGCCCAAACCUUUGAAACACACAUUCAUUGAUUGGACUAUUUGUUUGUUUGUUUACUUAUUUAAAUGAUCCGGACACUUUUGAUUCCUAUAUCAUACAUGCAAAGCAGUCACCUUUUGGCAAAAUCUGCCUUUUUGAACUCAUUUACGUGAAUGAUAUAGAUAUGAUGACUUUUUUUCUUGAGCGGUCGCUAUCGUCAUAUACUGUUGUAAUUAUGAUUAAUACUCUGCGGUGGACUAGUGUGCGACCGGAGGUUCCUCCUAAGUGCUGGAGACCUGAUUUAGGUAAGUUCCGGGAGUUGAUGAGAGCAGAAAAAACCCACUUCUGCUGUCAAAAAGUUAACGGUGCUUUUCCUCGGUGUUACAAUGAUCUAAAUGUCGCUCGAUACUUUUAUUGAUCACUUUAUUGCUUAUUUGUCAACUAUUUUGUCCCCGAGACGAGGACCUCACCUUCCACAUUGUUCGCCGUUUGGUCCAAUCGAAUUGAAGCACCCCUGACGUUUGUCUCGUUCACCAAUGAAACGACACAAGAAAGUCACAUGACCUCAAAGAACGUCUUACAUUGGUAUUAAAACUAGAUAAGCCUGCCCUUAAUGUGGCGGCCAUGUUAGAAAGGUUGUCGUUAGCACAAAGGCAACGGCGCGCUCCUCUUGUUUACAUUUAGACAGCA